UUUACAAAGAUAUAAAUAGAUUGAAAACGAACAGUGUGAAGCUGGUACAUUUCAAAGGAUACUCCGUUAUUAUUUCACAUUGUUCUAUCUACAAAUGCAACGAUCUAACCGAACACUGGUGGGCGACUAGUCUCAAAAUGGAGGAGUUUAGAAAACUUGGUGUUAUGGACUUUGAUGAGCCUAUGGAUUCUCCAAAUACAUAUAAAAACGAUUUGUCCUUACCACUAAGCACCUCGUCGUUAGAAUCGGGGUACAGCAGUUUUAGCCAAUCAACAUCUAGUCAGUCUUCAUUUGACAAUUCAGCUGAAUUUGAUUCGUUGUCGUUGGAGGGACAAUCUUCACAAAAUGAUAGCACUAAAGAUGGCAGGUCAUUACAUCGUGAUAACCUACAGAGCAAUAAGAAAAGGAGUGAUAGCAAUGAUAGUGAUGACAAUAUUACAACGCAGAGUUACGGAACUGGGGAGGGAAACAGCUGUGGAAGAAAACAGCCAAAUGGAACAGAAAGCAUGGAAUACAGUGGAUCUGGAGAUGUACAAUCUGAGCGUGGUAUUACGCCCAAAUUAAUGGUGAAAGGACCGAUUCAGGAAUGCUAUGGCGAGGGAAAUGCACCUCGGAAUAUACACAGAAUUGACAGCUGUGAUAUAAUUGAAGAGAAAUGUAUUUCAAUAGAUGAAACUGAUCGAUCAAUCUGUGUAAGAGAAAUUGGAUUUAGUGGUUAUGCACAGAUCAGUCGAAACACCACACAAGAAGGAUGCACAAUGUCUAUGCCACGUUGUAACUGUAGGCAUCAAAUUCUAAUGCAUCCAAACUGGAGAUGGGCAAAUCAGACUGGGUUCUGCUCGAGUCUCAGAUCGAUGGUCAUUAUAUAGCUCGGUCUUCUCCAGGAUUUAGACAACGUUUUCAACUCACGUCACGAGACCGCUUGAUAAGCGUCAACGAAGAAGACAUAUGCCAUCUCAGUCAUAAUGACGUAGUCCGAAGGAUGUGUGACGUCAUACGGAUGGAAUGCAAACAGUCGUUGGCAAUAGAGCGACAUCGUCAUACCGAAGACGAAGAGUACAUCGAGAUUAUGAGACUCGACAUAUCCCUGGAAUUUCUUGACGAGGAUGGUGGGGAUACCAUGGUAAAUUUUACUGCCAGAUUGCUGCGGAAGAUCACUCGACAUUUCCGUGUAAUCUAUAACCUAGAGUGGAAAAAUAAGUUGAAAUGUUGGAUAUCUCAUUUCUCCGAAGGAAAGCAAAAGUACCUUUGCUCGAGGGAUGAUUCCGACGAAUUAACUCUGGCACACUUACCAAACAUCGAAGAUCCAAGAUUUCAAUUCUCUCGCGAUACAUAUCACGGUUUUAGAAGAGACGGCUGUGAUAAUAAAGGGCUGUAUUUAGUUACGCUCAUGUGCAAAGCAACGGACGGAUAUAUCUCGGUUGGAACAUCAGGUGGUGUCAAAUUAAAGAGAUACGUAAAUGACACAAAAGGUAUGACUUCAGUAUCGCAUCCUCUUCCCCAAAUGUUCAUCUGCCGAAUGUACAAGGACGGGAAAUACAAUCUGGAGUCUCUAAAUCACGAAGGUUGCUUAUUGCGGUGGAGCACAAGAAAGAAAAUGAUAGAAAUAAAGGAAGUUGAUGAUGAUGAGUACAAUGGGAGAAAUCGACCUGAGUUCCUGUUUUCAAUAUACACAGACGCCUCUAAAGUAGUUUGAUAACCUGAAUUUGUCUUAUUGCCAUAAGUACACAUCUGACAGUACACUUCUUCACAAUAAAUCUUUGGCAUUUUCUACCGAGUGGUUAAAAUGGAAUUUUCUUUACCGAGAUCUGGAGUUUAUAUGUGAAGUGAAACAACUGACAGGGUAAAAUUUCCUCUCUAAGAAUGCCAUUCGUUCUUUGCCGAGAUCUGGAGUUGAUAUGUGAAGUGAAACAACUUACGGGGUAAAAUUUCCCCUGUAAGAAUGCCAUUCGUUCUUUACCGAGAUCUGGAGUUGACAUGUGAAGUUAAACAACUUAUGGGGUAACAUUUCCCCUGUAAGUAGGUAAUUAUUUCCGGAUGAUACUCUUUCUGUUUUUGUAGCUAUGUAAACAAGUUCGUAAAGUUUGAUGUCAGAUUAAUGAAUUCUCACCAAAUGUUAAUGGUAAUGGAACUACAAAAUUGUCUAUACAGUUUGCUCUUGGAAAUGGAAGAGUGUUUUGUUGUGUACAAUUUGUUGUCGAUCUCACGGACUCAGAACUACUUCAUGUCGCAUUUACUGUCACAUUUAUAAUUAUAUUUGCAUAUUGAAUUAAAUACUUGUUUAAAUAUAUAUUGUUUUUAGCCGUGUGUUAAAAGUGUUAAAAUUGGUGUAAUGUUACUGAUAUUUAUUGUCCAUAUCCUCUGGUUGUUUACGUGAUAAUUGUAUUAUUUUGUGUUUGCCAUUAGAUCACUCUGGCGUGGUCAUUUCCCUAUUUAGAGUGUGACCAUGUAGUAGAAAAUGUCAUUUUUCUUCAAACGCUUUCCGACAUGUUCUUUAUUGCCUGAGCUUUAAUAUAGAUUUUACCCAUAACACUGAAUGACUGGACCAAAGAGAGAUAUUUUGAAAUAUACUGUACAUAUUGUACUACCAGAUCAUCAUUACCACUGACACGAUCACCUACAAAAUAAACUGUACAUAUUGUACCACCAGAUCAUCAUUACCACCGACACGAUCACCUACAAAAUAAACUGGACAUAUUGUACUACCAGAUCAUCAUUACCACUGACACGAUCACCUACAAAAUAAACUGUACAUAUUGUACUACCAGAUCAUCAUUACAGCUGACAUGAUCACCUACAAAAUAAACUGUUCAUAUUGUACUACCAGAUCAUUAUUACAACAGACAUGAUCACCUACAAAAUAAACUGUACGUUACCUUGCAAAAGAAGUCUCUUCCCCUUCAGGAAUGCUUGGUUAUCUAAUUUUUGCUACUUUUUCAUGGGUAUGCGUGUAAUUUUUGUUACGUCGCCAAUUAGCUUACCACUAUGCUAUCAUGCCAGGUAAAAGGCUUGUUGACUAAGCAACUGGAAAACGAAUGAUAUUUCGUCCGAUUUACAUGAAAUUCGGUCAAGAUGUGUAGAUUACAAAAAUACAUACUGACGUCGUCAUAGAUAUACAUUUUUUGACGUUAUGAAGUAAAGUUGAUCGGAAGUAAACAACAACUAAAUAACCAAGGAGUCAAUUGACCAAAGUUCAAGGUCACUGGGUCGAAAUGCAAGACCAGACAAUGUUCUAGUUUGUUUUGUAGCUCGUAAGAUAAAAUGUCUGGGAACUGCAUUACAAACUGUCCACCAGAUUUGUCGCCAUUCUGAUUUUUAUUUUGUUUAUACGUAGGUGAUUUUCACAGAGUUGACAUUUCAAAUAAGACACAUAACAUUCAAACUUCAUAUUUAAUCAUAAAUAAUUCAGAACGCAUUUAUUACUGAAUAGUUCGAAUGUUUUCUCGUUCAAACUAAUUCAAGUAUCUGUAAUCAGAAAGCAUUGAUGACCACUUUUCGAAAGUUUGAGCUUCUUUUUAAAACAUCAACCGUGAAUAAAUAAUUCAUUUUAUCCCGAAGUAAUUGUUAUUAAUAAGACAUAUGUCUAUACCAUGGUUGCUAUUUUUAUGCAUUUUUUUGUGGCAAGCAGUGAUAUUUGUUGUCAAUUUUAACAUCAGAUUUUUUAAUCGAAAAACAAAAAAGCUUCUUCGAACUAAGUGUACCUGUUCAAUCUCAAAAUGAAAGUGCAGAGCUUAGCUGACGAAGACUUAUCACUUUUAGGAAUAAGUCUGAAGUCCAGGUAUUGUGUAUUUACUAGUUCUUUUUAAACUGGUACCUAGUCAAAGAAGAACAGUAUUUUAGCAAUAUGUCAAUUUUAAAAUUAUAUUAUUUUUCUAUCAAUUGUUUCGCAUUUGUUAAAAUCAUGCAAUGUUUUUUUAUGUGUAUUUUUGGAAUCAGCUGUGAUAGGUAAGCAAAUUACUCAAAUGAGUAGGUAUUGCUUCUAUUUGAAAUGUCUAUUUGUAGAAUUUUGUUGUGUGCAUUAAAUGAAAUAUCAAAAAAAUA